AUGGAUCUCAGACAGGAGCUCCCCACUGUCUCCUCUGCCUCUCAAAUCCACCCAGGAGCAGCGGCCGCUGCUGCCUCUAUCCCGGUGUCCAUGGCCAGCAGCCUGCUGCGGGGCCCACCGCUGAUCUUGCGUGCUUCGGACAAGUACCCCCGCACCCCGAAGUGUGCCCGCUGCAGGAACCACGGCGUUGUUUCAGCGCUGAAGGGCCACAAGCGCUACUGUCGCUGGAAGGACUGCAUGUGUGCCAAAUGCACCUUGAUCGCAGAGAGGCAGCGGGUCAUGGCCGCACAAGUGGCUCUGCGUCGGCAGCAAGCUCAGGAGGAGAACGAAGCACGGGAGCUGCAGCUGCUCUACGGCACGGCGGAGGGACUCGCCCUGGCCGCCGCCAAUGGCAUCAUACCUCCGCGUCAAAACUACGAAGUGUUCAGCUCUGUCAGCAGCGAGAUCAACUCAGGUGAGUGGAAUUCAAGUAAGUACGAGCUGUUUUCAAAGAGCCAGCUGUCUGGAUCCGCCAUCUCUCAGCAGACUGCGGGGAAACCGGCGUCCACCGAAAGUGACUCGGCCCCGGGCAUUUCGUCCCCGGACGGCCGACACGGAGGUUCGGGCUCAGAGAACGGAGAUAGCGAGUCUUUCAUCAGCUCUCCGGUGUCAAAGCCCUUAAAAGACGGCGAGGAGACUCCUGGGUCCGUCAGCUCCCUUGGCUCGGAUUCUGGCUCUGAGACCGACAAAGACGAUCCGGAGCCCUCCCCUUCCUCCGCGGCCUCCAGACACAUGAACGCCAUCGACAUCCUGACCCGAGUGUUCCCCAGCCACAAGCGGAGCGUCCUGGAGCUCGUCCUGCAGGGCUGUGGUAAGGACGUGGUGCAGGCCAUCGAGCAGAUCCUCAACAACAGCGGCGCUCAGGGCGCCAACAAGGCCGGGUCAGAUGAGGCAUGGACGGCCGAAAGGAUGCUGCAAAGCACGCAGCAGCCUCCGUCUUCCUCCGCAUCCACAACCGCCCCGACGAGGCCCAUGUUACCCGGAGCCAUGACGCUGAGUAACCGCUCUGCGUUUUCACCUCUGCAGCCCAACGCCCCGCACUUCGGCGCCGACCCGGGAGCCUAUCCUCUGGGUACCCACCUGGGACUGAACCCCCUGCGGCUGGCCUACUCCGCACACAGCCGGGGACUGGCUUUCAUGACGCCCUACUCCACCACCGGGUUGAUGCCCACCCUGGGCUUCAGACCCCCGAUGGACUAUGCCUUUAGUGACCUGAUAAGGGACAGGACAAUGUUACACAAGGAGCAAGGCUAUGCCAGCGGCCUGUACGGCCCUUUGGUCAACAACACGCCGGAUAAACAGUGA